GAACGAUAUCAAAAUAAUAAGCAAUCUUUAAUAUAACAAAAUUUUAGCGGAUAAUAAGAGAAACAUGAGUUAUAAUCGUGGAGGAAGUAAUAAGCCUAAAGGCUUUGGUUUUGCUGGCUUCCAAAUGACUAGCAUGAAAAGAAGUGGUUCUAACAUACCACCACCACCUCCUAAUUCAUCUUUAAGCAAGCAGGGUUACCACACCAUGAAUUCUAUCACUGAGAAUGCUUUGUCUGCUUGCUGGGGUAUGCCAAAAAAGCGUAGUAAAACUGAAGAAGAAUACUUUGAGGAUGAUGAUGAUGCUCCAACAUCUUCCCUGGAGUACAUCCCAGCACCUGGAUCUCCUACUUAUGACUUAAUGAAGAAACCGACAGCGAAGGAAGACAGUGACAGCGAGGAAGACCCAUUGGAUGCUUUCAUGGCUGGUAUAGAUGCAGAAGUGAAAAGAAAUACUUAUGAAGCCCAACUCGCGGAAGACGAGCGCAAGGAGGACAAACCUAAGGGAAUCAGAGCGGACAUCGACGGAGAAGACGACGAGGAGAGUUAUUACAGGUACAUGGAAGAGAACCCAACCGCGGGUUUGCAACAAGAGGAGUCUGACCAGGAGAUCGAGUACGACGAAGAUGGAAAUCCGAUUGCACCCCCGAAAAAGAAAGAGAUCGAUCCUCUGCCUCCCAUCGAUCACAGCGAGAUACAGUACGAACAAUUCGAGAAAAACUUUUACAAUGUUCACGAAGAAAUUGCUAGUCUAAGUAAGCAACAAGUCGAAGACUUGAGAAAGACUUUGGGGAUCAAGGUAUCCGGUCCCUCCCCGCAGAAUCCAAUUACUAGUUUCGGACAUUUCGGUUUCGACGACGCGUUAAUAAAAGCCAUCCGAAAGAAUGAAUAUACUCAACCCACCCCUAUUCAAGCACAAGCUGUCCCGGCUGCGCUAAGUGGUCGAGAUAUAAUAGGUAUAGCAAAGACCGGUAGUGGUAAAACGGCGGCAUUUAUUUGGCCCAUGUUGGUUCAUAUUAUGGAUCAGCGAGAACUGAAGGCUGGCGAUGGACCCAUUGGCCUGAUUUUGGCUCCUACGAGAGAGUUGUCGCAACAGAUCUAUCAAGAAGCAAGAAAGUUUGGGAAAGUGUACAAUAUUCAAGUAUGUUGCUGUUACGGGGGUGGCAGCAAGUGGGAACAGAGUAAAGCGCUGGAAGGGGGCGCGGAAAUAGUAGUUGCCACGCCAGGCAGAAUGAUAGACUUAGUUAAAAUGAAGGCAACCAAUUUGUCCAGAGUAACGUUCCUGGUAUUGGACGAAGCGGACAGGAUGUUCGACAUGGGUUUCGAACCACAAGUGCGCUCUAUAUGCAACCACGUUAGGCCUGACAGACAAACGUUGUUGUUCAGCGCAACUUUCAAAAAGAGGGUGGAAAAGCUUGCAAGGGACAUUCUAACGGAUCCGAUCAGAAUAGUUCAGGGAGACGUCGGCGAAGCGAACGCUGACGUCACUCAACACGUGAUACUCUUCAACAAUAAUCCGACCGGUAAAUGGGCCUGGUUGUUGCAAAACUUGGUCGAGUAUCUGAGUGCCGGUAGCCUGUUGAUUUUCGUAACGAAAAAGCUGAACGCCGAGGAGCUUGCGAAUAAUCUUAAAUUAAAGGAAUUCGACGUUUUACUGUUACACGGUGACAUGGACCAAAUUGAAAGGAACAAAGUAAUUACGGCUUUCAAGAAGAAAGAUGUCAGUACUUUAGUCGCUACUGACGUCGCUGCCCGCGGUUUGGACAUACCACAUAUCAAAACCGUCGUGAAUUACGAUGUCGCGCGAGACAUAGACACACACACGCACAGGAUAGGUAGAACAGGACGAGCCGGGGAGAAGGGUACCGCUUAUACCCUCGUGACGGAAAAAGACAAAGAGUUUGCUGGACACCUGGUUCGGAACUUGGAAGGAGCGAAUCAAGAUGUACCAAAGAGUUUGAUGGAUCUCGCGAUGCAGAGCGCAUGGUUCCGAAAGUCUAGGUUCAAAGGAGGAAAAGGAAAAAGUCUAAAUGUCGGAGGAGCUGGACUUGGCUUCAGGGGUAGACCGGACGUAUCCUCGACCUCGAGCGGUGGUUCUUCGUCGCAGGCCCCGAAAGAUAUAAGCGAGGUCGUAAAGAAGUUGGAAAGGCACGGCCCUGGUAGCGAUCGCUUGUCCGCGAUGAAAGCCGCUUUCCGUAGUCAGUACAAUACUCAGUUCCGGGCAUCGUCGGAUCACACGUGGGAACAAACUAUUACGCCGCCUUCCGUGAUAAUGCCACCACCGCCACCCAUGCCACCGAAACCGAACACGGAGCAACCGCGGAAUCAGGACGAACAAGCACCGAGCGCAACAGGGGAAAGGAGAAGAGUGAGAAAGAGUCGAUGGGAAUAAUUGGACGUUUGUGAACCUCCGAUUAUUUUGUGUAUACUACUAUACAGCGAUAAUAUUCUAAGAGUCGACGAUACCGAAUUGUUUUAUAUUACAAUAAAAUUUAAUUUUACCAAUUCCCGUUUACACAUUCUCAUUACGAUUACUUCCAAUGUCUCGUCACGUUUAACGAAAGGAUUUUUAUUCGCAUAUCUUCGAUACAAACGUCGGACGGGUCAUUCGAAAUCUGACGAAAAUAAAAAAAAUCGAUUCGUUCUAAUAAAAUACUAAGUUCGAGGAAAUAAUUAAAUUAAAUGUUUCCGACGAGCCAAUUGAAUCACGACAGCUGAUAAUAAUUGGUACGUAUACGAGUUUCGGUAGACGGAGGAGCGAUAAAAGUCUAUUGGGGUUCACGAAUUUUGACCGGAAAAGGAAAUAAAGAAUUAUACCAUACCGUAUCCGAAAGCUUCAUAUUUUGAAUGUCUGUGGGGCUUGCAAGAGACACGUAUAAAUACAAAGAAUCUCUUAUAUGUUUAAGCUACGUCUUGUAAUAGCCUAUGGAUGUAUUGCGAUUCGAUAUGACAAGAAUCAAAGCACGCGUAAGACCAAUGAGACGAGAGUCGAAUUUCUCUUGAUCACCGGUAUACAGAAAUACAUAUGUACAUAUCUACGUUCUUCGUUUCGAUGGUGUACAAAACUUGCAAUGAUCGUUCGCGUCGUUCCGCGGGCAACUCUGUACUCGUGUUCAUUUAACUCGUAAUUCGCUUAGAAUGAAUCACGUUGCAAUUAUCCUCGUAAGGGUAUCCUCGCUGCCACGGUGCUUGUCAUAAUUAUAUCGUUGCCUUCAAGCGGAAUCAUUUCUGUCUCUUCGUUGCCACUUGUACAUAUAUAUGAUAUUUUACGCAUUACAAUAGAAAGCUUCCAUUAUGCAUCUAUUUUUUUUCGAUUUUUAUUCUUCUUACCAUCGAACGAAUAGAUUUUCUCGGUCGAAAUAAAUUACAUUACCGGACGUGUGUACUAUUCAGCGUUCAUCGAUGCUAACUAUGUAAGUAUGUAUGCACUUUGGGAAAGAAUAAUUCCCAAAAUUUAUGUACUCGGCAAGUAAGGAAAGGAUACUGUGAUCGAUCGCA